AUGGAGUACCUCAGUGGGGGCAGCCUUGCACGUCAACUGGAUUUCUACGGGAGCCUGGAGCUUGACACAGUGCUUUUCCAUUCAGCGGAGAUCGUGUGCGGCCUGGAGUUCCUGCACAACUGCGGCAUUGUUCAUCGAGAUCUCAAGCCUGACAACAUCCUGCUGGACCAGGACGGCCAUGUUAAAAUAUCAGACUUCGGCCUGGCAGUUCCUAACGUGUUCGGUGACAAGACCAUCAGUGGCCGGGCAGGAACAUUGUGGUACAUGGCUCCAGAGGUCCUGCAAGGGCAGAGAUACAAUGCUGCAGUGGAUUGGUGGGCACUUGGAAUCAUCAUGUGUCAAAUGGCUUCUGGGGACUCCCCCUUUUAUGAAGGCAACGACAGGGAGAAGGUCAUCAGCUCUAUCAUCAAUGAUGAGCCCAGGAUUCCUCGUUGGCUGAAUGACGAUCUGAAGGAUCUUCUGAGAAAGCUCCUGGAGAAGGAUCCAAAUCAGCGCCUUGGUGCUCAUGGGAAUAUAAAAUACCACCCAUACUUCUCUUCCAUCGACUGGGUGGAGCUGGAAUGGAAAAAAGUACCACCUCCUUUCCAGCUAAGAGCACCUCCAAUGGAGCCUCUCAUGCCAUCUGAGGAAAAUCCUCUGUCCUUCCUGUUGUAG